GCCGGGUCCUCGCACGGAGCCGAGGUGGAGCAGGUCCGCCAUUUCCCCGCAGCUUCCCGUGCGAGUGACUUUCCGUCCCGGAAGCGGCCUGUCGGGGGCCUGCGGCCAGCGUGCGCCUGCGGCUCCGUCCCUCCAUGGUCAAGUUUGCGCCGCUGCUGGUCCCGUUACCCCUGAGUACCCCCGUGCCGCCAGCCUCCGCUGUUUAAGUCCUAGCAGGCGCACCCCGGAGCCGCCAUGUCCGGUCAGAGCAUUACCGACCGCAUCACGGCGGCGCAGCACAGCGUUACCGGCUCCGCUGUGUCAAAGACUGUGUGCAAGGCCACAACUCACGAGAUCAUGGGGCCCAAGAAGAAGCACCUGGACUAUUUGAUUCAGUGCACAAACGAGAUGAACGUCAACAUCCCGCAGCUGGCCGACACGUUGUUCGAAAGGACGGCGAACAGCAGCUGGGUGGUGGUCUUCAAAUCCCUCAUCACAACUCACCAUGUGAUGGUGUACGGCAACGAGCGGUUUAUUCAGUAUCUGGCGUCUCGGAAUACCUUGUUCAACCUAAGCAAUUUCCUGGACAAAAGCGGAUUACAAGGUUACGACAUGUCCACGUUUAUAAGACGCUACAGCCGCUAUCUGAAUGAGAAAGCCGUGUCGUACAGGCAGGUGGCGUUUGAUUUCACCAAAGUAAAAAGAGGGGCGGACGGAGUCAUGAGGACAAUGAGCACGGAAAAGCUCCUCAAAACCAUGCCCAUCAUACAAAACCAAAUGGACGCCCUGCUCGAUUUCAAUGUUAACGCCAACGAGCUGACGAAUGGCGUCAUCAACGCGGCCUUCAUGCUCCUCUUCAAAGACGCCAUCAGGCUGUUUGCUGCGUAUAACGAAGGAAUCAUUAACCUGUUGGAAAAAUACUUUGACAUGAAGAAGAAUCAAUGCAAGGAAGGCCUGGAUAUCUACAAGAAGUUUCUCACCAGAAUGACUCGCAUCUCGGAGUUCUUGAAAGUAGCAGAGCAAGUUGGUAUUGACAGAGGAGACAUCCCGGAUUUAUCUCAGGCUCCAAGCAGUCUCCUCGACGCUUUGGAGCAGCACCUCGCCUCCUUGGAUGGAAAGAAAAUCAAAGACUCGACGGCAGCGAGCAGGGCUACAACGCUUUCCAACGCAGUCUCGUCCCUCGCUAGUACAGGCCUCUCGCUCACCAGAGUGGACGAAAGGGAAAAGCAGGCAGCUUUAGAGGAGGAGCAGGCCCGAUUAAAAGCUUUAAAGGAGCAGCGUCUAAAGGAGCUGGCCAAAAAACCCGGUAACACCUCCACGACCGCCUCAUCGCCCGUGUCGUCCUCGGCUGGCAGUAUAAACACAAUGGCUGCCGUGGACAUUUUUGCAACGCCUAGUUCUGUAAACAGUUCCAAGUUGGCGAAUGACCUCCUCGAUAUGCAGCCAUCUUUCCAGCCAGCGGGGCACCCGCUCACUGGCAUACCACAAGUAGCCGGGACAUGGGGAGAUCCUUUCUCUUCUUCUGAAGCUGUCGACGAACCCAUUCCGAGCCUAAAUCCUUUCCUCAGUAAACCUGGUGAUGGUGUCCAUCCACCAGUGGUAACCACUGAUGCCACCAGUUUUACAGCUAAGACACCUAACCAUGACAUAUUUAUCGAUUCUUUCUGUGGUCCUCAAGUCUAUCCUAAUGCUUCCCAAUUCCGUACUGAUUCUCUUGAUCCUCCUACAGUAGCUGGCCUAUUUGGAGGGUUCUCACCAUCUGCAGCUGUCCAGCAACAGACCUCUGGUGGCCUUAACGUUGACUUUGAUUCUGUUUUCGGCAACAGAUCUCCUACCAAUGUCAACCUAGACGCAUCUGGCUUUGAAGACCUGGGCGGGCUCCUUAAGCCAACGGUAGCUUUUCAAAAUCAGAGUCUUCCCUCCGCCAAGAACCUGCCGAACAAACUAGUGUCAGAUGACCUGGAUUCAUCUCUGGCCAACCUCGUGGGCAAUUUGGGCAUUGGAAAUGGAACGACAAAGAAUGAUGUACAUUGGAAUCAACCCGGAGAGAAGAAGCUAACAGGGGGAUCCAACUGGCAGCCCAAAGUGGCUCCCACCACCACCUGGAACCCCGCCACUCUGAAUGGCAUGCAUUGUCCACCAUACGCACCCCCGAUAAUGGCGUAUCCGGCAACCACCCCCACCGGAGUCAUCGGAUACGGAAUGCCACCUCAGAUGGGACCCGUACCGGUCAUACCCCAACAGACAUUAUUAUAUAACCAACCUGUCCUGAGACCAGCAAAUCCGUUUGGCCCUGUAUCAGGAGCACAGCUGUCUGCAGCAUCCAGCCCUUCCAGUCAGAGUCCUCACAGAGCACCGGGGAAGGACCCUUAUCCACAGCUCUCUGUACAGGAUUUCUUGUAGGACACUUUAGAUGCAGUUCAUGUAAUCUAGAUGGAUGAGAGCAGCCUUAGAACGGGCAGCGCCAAGUAACAAAUCCUACUUCCAGUCCAAUCCAAGCUGCUGUUAAAGCUCUAUUCUUCUACACGAAUGGUACAAGAACCGAUCCAUGGAGUCCAGAAGGCAAUAGGAAGCCCCACCACCCGUAGCAAGAAGACACCCCCAGUCUUAAGUCAUUUAGCGUGAUGGUAACACGUCACAUGGUGGUAGGGGGGGUACUUCCCAAAUAUCUGGCUAAACUAUUGUAUUUGGCUAUGCCGUGUGACUUGCAGAGGUCUUCAUAGUCCAGGUACAGUAACCCAAUGAUCCCGUGGGUGAUACCGGGGAGGAACGAAAGCCAAGACCCAUGUCGCUAAUCACGCCGCCAUUUUUAUUUUUUUUUAUUACACAUUUAGACAGUAAUCAAAGUUAACACUUUUUUUUUUCCCCCCUUCUCGCCAUCCUUUUGAAAUAUAUAAAUAUAUAUAUAUUCAGUUUGCAGUAGACAUUCCUUAUGUAUUUGUAUUUAUUUAUGAUUACCAGUUUAACAAUUAAUGUAUCAAACACCUUAUGAAAUAUGUACGGAUGUAUACAGUUUUUUUUUUUUUAAUUAUAAAAAUGAUUCCAUUCAGAGCACUAAAUAUUUCAGAGAACGGCCGUAUGCUUUUAACGGGGAGUUAAUUGAAUUUUUAUUCCUAUUUUAUUUUAAUGGACUUUGAGGAAUCCGUUGCAUUAAUCCCCUAUAGUCAAUAUUGUGCCUAGGAUUCCGCGCGGGAUAUGAGGGGAACGGGUCAUUAAAACGCACUACAUUUUAAAUCCGGGGGGAAAAGGAGUUUAUCGCUUCAUGCUUGGCAGGUAAUUAUUCUACAUUUGACGUGUUAAUGCCUUUUAAAGAAAAAAUUGAAUGUGAGGAAUUGCUUUCAUUGUACCUUUUCCUUUUAUAUUUGCGGGACAGGAAAAAAAAAAAGGCUAGCCGUGAUUAUAAAGUGCCAUAACACUUAAUCUAUGACGCAGAAUGAGGUCUUAGCCAAAAAGAAGCCAUUUCUGAAAGGAUUCAUUUGCUUAGAUUUUGAGGAUUAGCCUUUUUUGGUCCUAAACUCCCACCGUAGGCGUUUGGCUUGCAAAGCAUGCUGGGACAUGUAGUCUACAGACAUUGGAAUGGCACCGGCUGCCUCUCCCCGCUCCCGAGGGGGGGAGAGCUGUAGAUCAGACCCAUAGUUUGCAGCGCCAUAAAGGCCAACAACACGUUAUCGGCACCGAGUGCGGCGGCGGCGCCUUUCGCCCGACGUUCUCCUUUCUGUUUUAGCGAGCGCUGUUGAUCAGCGCCUUCCAUGUAAAUAUACCUGGGUUUUUAGGCGGAUGCGAGGAAAGUUGGCCACGUGAAAGCAAUUCUGUACAUGAAUGCAUACUUGCUGCAUUGUCUCUGCAGAUUCUAUUUUUGUUUAAAAUAUUAAGAAAAAAAAUUGUACGUGAUCAAGAAUUGGUGGAUUUUGAAAUAAAUUCAGCUUCAACAGA